GCAAGUAAGCAGCAUUUCCUCUUUCACUGACACUUCUUCAGGACGCAGUUUCAGACGUCAACUCUUGUUAGCCUGUCAAAGACAAAACCACACAUACGCAUCUUUAUCACUUAAUUUGAUGUAUACGUACUUUGUUGACUUUGAUUGUAGAGCCUGAAAGUACAUUUCUCCUGCUGAACGGUGGAGCUGGUGAACGUGCUUCUCUGCAUCCCCUUUCCUGCGUGUGUGUGUGUGAGUGUGUUAGAGUGUGUUAGAGUGUGUGUGUGUGUGACGGCCUGACAGCUAUGUGUGUGUCUGUGCAGUAGCAUACAAGCUGUGUGUAUGUGUGAUGUCAGGAGACACCAGCACGCUGUCCUGGAGGAGCAUGUCUCCUGCCAACCGAUCAGAUUCCUUGGAUGCUUCGCCCACAGCAACUGAUGACAGGGACAGGCUCUUCAUGGUGAAAAUCAUCAAAGUGUGUUUCCUUAGCAACAGCUCCAACUUGGGCAAGAACUUCAAGCUGGUGCGCUGUGAGGAGGGCUGGACUGUCAGGGCCAUCAUUAAUGGGGUGCUGUCCAGCGGCUGUGUGGGUCCACAGAUAAAGUACAGCCUCUGCUAUGGCCUCCUCCUCAAACACCUCAAGUCCUCAGAGAUCCACUGGCUGCACCCAGAUCUUACAGUGUCCGAACUCACCCAGCGCUAUGAACAGCAACACCUGGAGGCCGAGUGGAGAUAUGACCUGAGGAUCCGAUACAUCCCACCUGACUUCAUGGAGAAAUUCCAAGAAGAUAGAACCACAAUGCUAUACUUUUACCAACAGGUGCGCAGUGACUACAUGCUGCAGUAUGCUUCAAAAGUCAGUGAUGGGAUGGCGCUGCAGCUCGGUUGUCUGGAGAUCAGGAGAUUCUACAAAGACAUGAAUCCAAACGGGCUGGAGAAAAAAUCCAACUUUGAACUCUUGGAGAAGGAUGUGGGGUUGGACCUGUUCUUUCCAAGAGAGCUGAUCAACAGCAUGAAGCCGAAACAGCUGCGCCGGCUGAUCCAGCAGACGUUUCAGGGCUACUCUACUCUGAAACAGGACCAGUGCAUGACCAAGUUCUUCACCACCUUGUCUCAGUGUUACAGCUUCACACAGGAGAGCUUUGCCUGUCAGCUGGUGCACGGCUGGAGCAUAAAAAUAGACCUGGUCAUUGGCCCUGAAGGCAUCAGUCAACAAACUGAGAAUUCAACUCCCGUCAGUCUGGCUGCGUUCUCUCAGGUGCGCAGCAUCUGCUGCUCUGCAGGGAGUGAAGGCCAGGCUAUGCUCACUGUGCACAUAGAGGGAGCCAAGCAGCCGCUGUCAGUGAUCACCUCCUCCAUGGCUGUAGCAGAGAACAUGGCUGACCUGAUCGAUGGCUACUGUCGACUGGACGGCAGAUCUGCAAGCUCGCUCAUUACUAGAGCCAGCAAAGGGAAAGACACACAACACAAACUUCCUGACAUCCCGAAACAGAGUGUUUCCUGUGGCUCUGAUAUAGGCUCUGAUAUUUAUGCUGAGAUUCCUGAAAGAGGAGCAGAUUCUGAUGAGAAACACAUGAUAUCCAGAGAUGAUGUCAUCGUGGGUCGGAUCUUGGGUGAGGGAUUCUUUGGAGAAGUUCACGACGGAGUUUUCAAAAGUCCAAGCGGAGAGAGGAUCCAUGUGGCUAUAAAAACAUGUAAGGACUGCUCAGCUGAAGUAAAGGAGAAGUUUCUCAGUGAAGCCGGUGAGUUAUUUCUUUGGUGAACAUCUCUGAUUCCA